UCCAGCACUAAUUCAAUACCAUCACAAGUCGAAAAGCAGCAAAAUUCUGUUGGUAAACAUACGUAAAAAGGGGUCUGGCAAUUAAUGCGCCAGCAUGCAACCAGUUGAUUGCUAUUUCCCAGACACAGAGAGCCCGGCCAAGACCCCUCUGAAUGGAUUUCGGGCUGAUUCGCAGCGAUAAGCGAGAAACGAGCACCUGCUUUUGCCGUUGAGUCAUCAGCUUUUGGCCAUAUAAGCCAAAAAACAAGGCCAUCAGUCGUUAGAACCACCCAUCUUACCACAAAGGUAUUAAUUGAGCCACAGAGCACACACCCCAGUAAACCAAAAACCAACCCGUUUCGGCACUAGCCCCAAUGGAGGACUACAAGUUCCUGUUCAAAAUAGUCCUGGUCGGCAAUGCGGGCGUGGGAAAAACCUGCUUGGUGCGCCGCUUCACGCAGGGCCUAUUCCCACCUGGCCAAGGAGCCACCAUCGGCGUGGACUUCAUGAUCAAAACGGUGGAGGUGGAGGGCGAGAAAAUCAAGUUGCAGAUCUGGGACACCGCCGGCCAGGAGCGGUUCCGCUCCAUCACGCAGAGCUACUAUCGAUCAGCCCACGCUUUGAUCCUGGUCUACGACAUCAGCUGCCAGCCCACCUUCGACUGCCUUCCGGAUUGGCUGCGCGAGAUUCAAGAGUACGCCAACUCUAAGGUGCUCAAGAUUCUGGUGGGAAACAAGACGGACCGGGACGAUCGCGAGAUACCCACCCAGAUUGGCGAGGAGUUCGCCAAACAACACGACAUGUACUUCCUGGAAACGUCCGCCAAGGAGGCAGAGAAUGUGGAGCGGCUGUUCUACGAGAUAGCCGCCGAACUGAUUGGUCAGGCAAGAAGCAAAGACGGUAGUGGUUCCGCUGCUGCGGCGGCAGCCCAGCGGCAGUCGGAGGGCAGCUCCAUCGGCCUGGGGAGCUUCAGUGCCAAGGCAGCGCAGAGCAAUUGCUGCGGCGGACUCGCCAGCGGCGGCGGCGGCUCAAACUCUAGUCAAGCGGGCUGAGCUGCUAACCAAACUGGAAACUGAGCAGCUAUUUAUAUAUAUAACUUCUAGGACUAAUCGUGAUAUUCCAUUGAUCUUUUAUUACCAUCACAAGAUUCCCCAUUCUAUCGACUCCAAUGUAUUGGUUAUCUUAAAGCGGACUAAAACACGAAUCGGGACAUUCCUUUAAUCUUUUGUUAUUGUCAAAGUAACACUCCUAUUAAUUUGUUGUAAGGCGUGUCUCUUAUUGAUUUUACUGAUUAAACAAUUAUUUAGAUAGAUUUCACCAAAAGAAACCUUUCGAUAGAUUUAACAACAAUAAUGGUCCUUAAUUAUUUAACUCAAUUUUAUUAUUUUUUUGGAUUUCUACAUAUCACGAUUAAUAUUUACUUCUGAUUAUAACUCAAGGAUUAAUCGUGGUAUUUAAAUGUAUUUUGUAAUAGUUCAAGCAACAAGCUCUCUCAAUUUAUACAAUUUUGUUUCCUAUAGUGUCACAGAAAAAAGAUUUGAAGCAAAAUGAUUGAAUAGCACUCACUUUAUUUUAUGUUUAACCCCCAGACUUUUAGACUCCGGAGUAUCACGAUUAAGACCUCCUGAAAAACUAGCUGUUAAUGACUAUGGAUGCUAAAUAUUUGUGUUACAAAAACUACAUUGGAAGUGUCGUUUAUAAGCGCCUGAUUUUCUUGAUUAGUAUUAUAGUUACGUAUCGAUCCGAUUGCGGAUCAUUUACCAAGUGAGCAUCACAGCCAAUGCUUCAAAGAAUUUAUGAUAUCAACAAUGCUAUGCACACAAUUAUGUUUUAAUUCGAUUGUGUUUUAAGGAGUUUUUCAUAUUCAUAUUUUAUACAUUGCGUUUUUUGUAUACAGAUUUAUACAAUGUAUGCUUAUUUUUUUGCAAUUAUUUUAAAUAUUAUGAUAAAUGUGCAAUCAUCUGUAAUACAAUUUUUAAAGAGUACUCGUAAUAGUGUUUAAGGAGAUUUUAUGACAUUCCAAAAAUUAAACAUGUAGAAACUAUGGGAUAGGCCAGAAAGAGAAAUGAAAAAAAAAGAAAUAAAAAUAAAAUACUAUUGUAAUAA